AUGCAUCUAAUAUCUCCCUCCUACCUCUUAGCAGCGACAUUGCUCUGCACAGCAGUCCUCGCAGGCCCCAAUCCAAAUCCUCCUCACCCAAAAUGCCGCUUCUCACCAACCUACACUCAAUCAUCAAUCCUCCGCAAUCCCAACGAUUUCAUCUCCUCCUUCCUCUACUGGGAAGGUAAAUUCCACGCCAACAAUGUCAGCUACAACACGCUGAACGGGAUGUCAUACGAUGGCACCCUCAUUGACCCAACCACAGGGCUCGCAACAGCUAAACAUCCUUUCAGCGCUGCGAGCAAAGAGUCGUUGCAAAUUAUGCUGUAUACACAUGCGUUGGCUGGUUCAAGGGACGCGGCAAGAUUCUUGUCUCCGGAUGAUGAAGGAAAAGCACCGGAGAUUGCAUUUGGAAUCAUGUCUUUGAAAUUGAAAACGUAUUUGAAGUUCAAUCAGACAUUUCCUGGAUUCGGUGGGUUCAUCCCGUGGUUCUUGGGUGAUGAGACAGAUAUCAAGCCGACGAAUGAUUGGGUGAAUCGAGUUCCAGCACUUGACAAUGGCGAACUAAUUUGGGCGGUAUAUGGCCUGGUACAGGUUCUGGAGUCGAGCCACGACCAGAGGUACAGAGCACUCGCAAAGAGCUGGCAGGGUUGGCUUGACUACACCAAGUCAACAGUGGCCAAGGUCUUCUAUGACGGUGGUGGUAGAGUCUGCGCUGUAACAACACUCAACCAGGCACUACAAGUCGAUGAUCCACGGCAGAACUACAGUUGUGAAGGAACCGGCACAUUGAACGACCCAUAUGAAGGCGAAUUGUUCACCUGGUGGUUGAAUUUCUUUGGUGGAUUAUCUCGAAGAGACAAAGCCCUUCUCUGGGAAGUCAAACGGCCCCAGCUUGUAAGUGUAGAGUACAACAUGGGAGGGGUUGGCCCUAUAACUGUACCGAAAGGCUUUUGGUUCUCAAGUCAUGAACAGUGGAAGAUACUUGAGAUGCCGUACACCGACGUUGACCUAGUGAAGCGACUCUUCUACAACGCCGAACGAGUAAGAACUUGCAACUCUGUCGUAACCGGGGUCCCAGGCCUCUACGCCUCAGUAAACAACUCCACCGAUCCAGUAACUGGAGAAAUAAUCGGAUACAUCUCCGCCGCCGGCAUCCCUUCGAUAUCCAAUCAAACGGACCAGGAACUCGACGUGAUUACGCCAUAUGGAAGUUUCCCCACUGUAUAUUUCGAUAAAGGUGUUGGAAUGGCAUGGUGGAAGAAUAUGGCUGAUGGGAAGAAGAUGCAGAAUCCGUAUGGAAGUAGUGAGUCCGCAAGAAUCGAUGGAACUGCUACUUCGUCUUUUGUUUCAUGGGAUAGUAAGAUCACAACUGUGAUUGCUGUUCUUAAUGGUAUUGGGGACUUUGUUCGUGAGAAGAUGAAGCAAGAUGGUAUCUAUAAAGAUUUCAUCUCAGUAAAUCAGCGAGAAUAUGGUGCCGUGUUCAAGAACCUGAAAGGGGAGCAGGUGAAGCUGUGCCUUCCGAACAGGAAGAUUCCCGACCGGGGCCUAAAAGAUUACACGAACUGUAGAUGAGCGCUGCCUUAGUCGUCAGUUCUAGUGAAUAGUUUUCCACUGUGAAUUCGUCCAAGCGAUGGCAUCAUGCUGUGCAUCACACAACAGCAAAUCAUGGCAGCUAGAGAUCUUGCACCACGCGAAUAAUCCAGGUGAUGUCUCGCAGAAGCUUCCAGUUUAUUUUUGUUCUUAAGCUCUUUGUUUGUGCCUCUUUAGGUCCAGCCCCGAAAGGCGUCCAUAGAGGUCCUUGAUCUUCUCCUCAAACAAAGCUUUCAGACCAUGUGCUUCCUUCCGCUCACCUCCGAUAUGAUAUGGGCGUAUACGAUCACACAAAGCCUGCACAGAAAGGCCACUCAUCAUACGAACCACAUCAUCAAAUGAUACCCUUCCGUACGGCAUUUCAGGCGCCGGGUACAGUCCGGCUAUGGAAGCGCUCUUCAAGAGAGACCCCAGAAGCAUGGAAUCACAUGUACUGCUGAGGUUCUUGUCAUCAGUUCGUGGACAGAGAGUUUCUUGGCAAUUCUGGUACCGAUGAAUGGUCUGGGAUAUCAGGGUGUAGCACUCAUAGAGUGCAUCUCCCCUCCGCUUCAUGAGCGUAUCUGCAUUAUUUCAAUCAAAAAGCCCAGCCAUUCCGAUGCCCCUGAACGGGUUUGUUAAGUACCCAUAAUCGUACUCGGAACUGAAUACAUCCCCACAACUUCAUUGUUCAACUCCGAAUAUCCGGCACGCUCAACCAAGCAAGUCAUAGCCUUGAACUCCUCCGACUUGCCGAAGACCCAUGCGAUUUCCAUCCACCUGAAAAUAAGCUUCUCGUCUUCAGCCUUGAUAUAUUCUGUUGGCAGUUUAGGUUUGAGCCGAUUGAUCCAUGUAUCCGAGUAUGAUUCCAGAGCUUCUACCAUCUGGUAUUUGUCCGCCAAAACAGCAAUUGAAGCUAGGGUCUUCAAGCUGACCUUCCGAGGAACUCUCCUAUUUAGGCCGUGUACGACAUCGAGCAGGAUUCGCAUUGCCCGAGGAUCGUCAUCUGGGAGAGGCACCUGUACACUGCCCUCUGCACCGAGGGUAUGCCCUUCUUUGAACCCCUCAUGCCGUAACAUUGCCCUGAAAACAGGACUUGCUAGAGCCAUAUGCCGUGAAGAGACCAGCAUAUCAAUGGCCGCUUCGCCCGGCAGACUUUUUUCGUCCUUGUCUGGGUCCUGCUCUUGUGCUCCGCUUGCAGGCGUCGUAGAUGACCCUCCAGUCCUCUGCUUAUCUUUCCCCAUGUUCACUAGCAUCAUCUGAAAUACAUCUUCAGAUUCAGACCCUUCCGAAACGUCAUCAUUGGCUGCAUCAUGUGCGAAUUCGGGUUCCAAGGGUGAAUCGAGGUCAAUUGAAUAAUCCUUCUCUUGCCGUUCCCGCCGAAUCUUUGCUUUUUUUCUUCGCGGGUUGAGAAAGCAGCUGUAGGAGAAGAUCACCGUCAGGGUCGAAAGUGUGUUUCUCGGCAGGCAUUUUUGCUUUUCGGUCGAAUUCGUAGAGGAAGAUGAUGUAAACUGUCGCGUUCGAGGAAUUGUCGUUG